ACACUGUAUAAAUGAAAGGACAGUAAGGAGAGCAGAACAAACUCCUAACAGGAGGAGACUCACUCAUGGCCUAUGAGACAGAGAAACAUGAGACUCAAUACUGCUUUCCUGCCAUCAACUCAUCAUGUAUCAAGGGAAAACGCUCCAGACAUGAAUACAAUAUCAUGUAUGUGUUUUUUUCAUUGCUGUCAGCAUGGACUGUGUUUCUGAACCUGCUGGUGAUCAUCUCCAUCUCUCACUUCAAGAAGCUUCACACUCCAACAAACCUGAUCAGUCUCUCUCUUGCUGUGGCCGACCUGCUUGUUGGACUUAUUGUGAUGCCUGCGGAUGCCAUUAAGUUAAUUGAGACAUGUUGGUACUUUGGAGACACUUUGUGUGACCUGUUUUUGAUAAUCAUGGGUCUGGUCCUCUCAACAGCUAUUUGUAAUUUAGUUUUAAUUGCUAUUGAUCGUUAUGUGGCUGUGUGUCACCCUUUACUGUACCCACAUAAAAUAACCACAACUAGAACCUUAAUAAUCAUCUGUCUCUGCUGGUUUUUCUCCUUUGCCUACAGUCUUGCCUAUGUGAUUAAUGGCAGAUAUUUUGAAAGCUCACAAAGAACAGACUCAUGCUAUGGAAAGUGCUAUUUAAUAAUAGGUUUUUCAUGGAUAGUUGUUGACCUGUUCUUUUCUUUCUUGUUUCCAUUGACUGUGAUCAUAACUUUAUAUUUGAGGAUAUUUUAUGUUGCACAUCAGCAAGUGAAAGUUAUAAACUCUCUGAUGAAGGGUGGUAAAUGUGUAAUGGAAGGUUCAGUGAGGAGGAAAUCUGAAAGCAAAGCUGCUCUGACAUUAGGAAUCAUUGUGACAGCUUAUCUGCUAUGCUAUAUUCCAUACUAUAUCUUGUCUUUAACAAGUAGUACAAUAAUCUCUUAUGCUACAAUGACAUUUCUAUUAUGGACUAUAUAUGCUAACUCAAGCCUGAAUCCUGUUGUCUAUGCUUUAUUUUACCCUUGGUUUAAAAUAUCAGUUAAACACAUCUUAACUCUUAAAAUAUUGAAGCCAUCAUCCUCUUUCUUAGAUAUAUUUAUAUAUUAUUCAUGAUUUUUGUAGAGGAGGAAGAUGUUUUUUGUUUUGUUUUGUUUUUUGUCUAUUUGACAAAGCAUAGACUAAUGUAUAGUACUUUUAUGCAUUUGUAAACUGAACGUGCACAUACUGUCCCCUGAAGCAACAGUUUUACUAAUGUGCAUUUACAGUUGCAGAGCAUUUACAGUUAUUCUGUUCUUGUAAUCAGCUGUAUGACCAUAGACAGGCCUAGUGUUAAACCAUACUGUUUAAAUGCAAAAGGGAAUUAAAAUUUUCAUAUCCCAAUUCAGCCAGAAGAUGGAGACAAAUACUUGUGCAAAACCAAGGCAUCAUUGUCUCUCCAUUGACAAAAUUCUAAUUCUAAAUAUCACAUACAUCCUUCAUAGAGAAAGGAAUCGCAAAGUUCAUUGCAACAGAUUCAUGAGGUGUUAAUAAUGUUGAUAAUAAACUUAUUUAAUUCAGUACUGAAAAAUAUCAAUACAAAAUGUUUCAUUUGUAUCAUGUCUAUUUUUAUUCUUAUUAAUGUAUCUUACUAUUAACUUGUACAGUAUGUUAUCAUGCUAAAGUCAGAUUUUAUUGAAAUCAAUUGUGAGUUCACUUUUCUCUGCUCUUUGUAUGUUUGUGUGGAGUGGCGGCCUAUAGAGAGUGUUCCAAAUCAGUUUCUUUUAAGGUUCCAUGACAGUUAAAAGACAAUUGCCUAUGUAGGUUGUUAUACAUAAAGUAUCUGUAAAUCACAAGA